AUGUUGGGAUCGAACCCUGAAAAGCUGAACUACUCUGGGCGAAUGCACCCGUUCGGCUCGCUCUCUGGCCGUCCCUUUCUUUUCCGGUGCGGCGCCCUCGGAGGCGACGAGAUCCAACGCGACCUCAACGCGGGGACUUCCGCCGCGUCGCACGAUGGAGCCUCCGGUUUCCAGGCACGCGCUGCGAAACAGAGCAAAAGCACCUCAGCAUGCAGACGAGCCUUCCACCUGAGGAAGCUGGUCGUGCAAAGUCCCGCCUGCGGCCUCGGACGCGUCGCGCGCAGCGAAUCUGUGUUUCUCGAACAAAAAAGGGCGGCUCCGGGCGCCGCGCACGGGGUCGACCCUGCGUCACACGCAAAGCUCGCGAACUCUUCCGCAGGAGGUCGAACGCGUGCAACGAAGGGGGCCCCGCCUCUCCUUGUCGUCACCUCCGAAGAAGUGAAGGUGGCCGAAGAGGAAUGCGAAACGGGAAGCGUGGAGCGGGCACCACGCGCUGAGCUGAAGAAAAAUCAAGACGUAAAACUCGCUCCUCGACCCAGUCGGCCGUGCGGGGAGUCCCUCUCAUGCGCAGAAAAAGGCGUCAACGGGUUCCAACCAAGGCCCACAAGCGGGGUGCUUGCGAGAAGCGAAGAGAGAAAACGCACGCAGCCGCAAGGCUGCCUUGAGUGA